GAGAAGAAGCCGGAGGUGCCCAAGCUCUCCAAGAAGAAGCUGCGGCGCAUGAACCGCUUCACCGUGGCCGAGCUGAAGCAGCUGGUGGCCCGCCCAGACGUGGUGGAGAUGCACGAUGUGACGGCGCAGGACCCCAAGCUCCUGGUGCACCUCAAGGCCACCCGAAAUUCGGUGCCGGUGCCGCGGCAUUGGUGUUUCAAACGCAAAUACCUGCAGGGCAAGAGGGGCAUCGAGAAGCCCCCCUUCGAGCUGCCCGACUUCAUCAAGCGCACCGGCAUCCAGGAGAUGCGUGAAGCCCUGCAGGAGAAGGUGGCACCACCUUGGG